AUGGCCGGGCUGGUGGGGCCAGCAGCAGCCCUGGUCCUCCUCUGCCUGGCUGUGGGGCUGGAGGCCAGCCCAGAGCUCUCCGGGUACCUGCGCAAGGUGCUGAGGAACCACACCGCCCACACCUGUGACGGGGAGCAGCUCCUCAUCGUCUGCCCUCGCAAGACCACCAUCAGUAUCCUCGGCGCUUUCUACGGACGUCGCGUACCCAGCCCCAACCUCUGCCCCAGCCCUGGCAAUGCCUCCCAGGAGAGCACUGAGUGUACGUCCACCACCGCCCACCUGAAGCUGCUGGCUGAGUGCCAGGACCAGCAGUGGUGCCAGUUCUCCGUGCACAGCCAAGUCUUUGGGCCAGACCCAUGCCCUGGGACACACAAGUACCUCAUCGCUUCCUACAAGUGCCGGCCAGGGAACCAUCGGGUCAAAACCGUGUGCGAGAACGACAAGCUGAGGCUGCAGUGCCGACCAAAAUCCAUCCUGGCCAUUUAUUCUGCAAAUUACGGACGAUUCCUGCGGGGCAAACCGGAGUGUGAUGCCCUGAACACUGGGGGACCCCAUAUAGAGUGCUUGGCUCCGGACGCUCUGCGGAGGGUCUCCAAGAAGUGCCACCGCAAGGGGAACUGCACCAUAGCUGCUGACCGGGCCACCUUCGGCGACCCAUGCCUCCCUGGCACGAAGAAACAGCUGCGAGUCUCCUACACCUGCGUGCCCAGGCAGCUGCUGGAGGAGGUGGGCCCUGACACCUCGGACCCCUUCCUGCUCUCAGACUACAUGCAUGGUGGAUGGUACAAAGGGCCCAGGUUCUCCAGGCUCCGGGAAGACCGGAUGAUUUUUACUAGCUCUCUGGCAGCUUUUGCCCACCUUUGGGGUGUCCCAGAGAAAGUUGGCCUUUACUUUCUUUGCGGGGUCUCGGGAGGCCUCAUGCUCCUGCUGUGCAUCAUCAGCCCCAAAAGGACCUUCCUCCAGGAGAUGGGGAAGGCUCUCAAAGACCCGGAGCUGGGGAGCAGCUCAGAGCUGAGCAGGACCAAGCUGCGGGAUGAGCAGGACGAAGACCUUCCUGACGACAGCUCCUCGGACUCCUCCUUCCGCCGCCUCACCCGCACCUACCGGGCCACCGACAGCAUCUUCAGCCCUGAACUGACGGCGGCCAUGGAGGGAGCAGUGGAGCACCAGGGCCGCGGCGGGGAGGAGAUCUGGAUGCCCAAGGAGUCGAGCCCAUAUGCCAUCCACAAGAUCAAAUCGGCCACCAAAUAA